CAACAAAAAAUGAAAAGCUUCUUGCUAUAUAUAAUUUUACAAAACAAACGAACAAUUUCGUGAAAACCCAAAGGAAAGCUAGAGAAACCCAUCCAUGGCGAUCUCUGAGCAAGUUACAUUCACAGAACAUCAAGAAAGCGAUGAAAACUACACUGAAAGUGAAGGAUCCGACCCGGUUUACGAUUCGGAUUUAGACCCGAGUUACAUCUUUCAUGAGGACACUCGAGCCAAGUUGUCGAAUCUCUCUAUCAGAAAAAAGUCCAAGUCACGGACUGAUAAUAAUUUGGAUGACAAUGUAAACGGAAAUGAAGAAGAAAUUAUUAAAAAGAUUGUAGAAGCUGGGCAGCUAGAGAAACUGAAGGUGGAGCAGUGUAAGAUUUACUUGAGGAAGAAUGGAUUGAGACUGACUGGCAGUAAGAGCACUCUUAUUCAGCGCAUAAAGGAGCAUCUAGAGGUUUCCAAUGGUGAAGGGGAGAAAAAGUACCCAAUAUCAAGCUUUUCAUUGAACUGUACAGGUGAUGCAUGCACAGGCGACGUUGUUAUGUUUGAACAGAAUGUUUAUGGAGCGUUCAAUAUAGCAUCGCGUAGUGCAAGUGGUCCUCCAUGCGGUAAAAGGAUUGUUGUAGGCCGCAUUGUGAAAGAAAGCUAUGGAGCGGCCAAGCAGCAACAUACAUUUACGAUAGAGGUCCUCUGGAGCAAAGGGGAGAAGCCACUCUCUCCACUUCAUCCCCUCCUAAUUAAGGGUCGAAACCUUUAUAGACUAAAGACCCUGAGACAGAGAUGGGAUGAUGAAGGUGAGAGGCUUAAAGUUCUAAUGGAAAAGCACUCAAGAGGUUCUCUUGCCAGGUCUGAUAGAGAAAUAAGAAUGCAGGAAAAGGAAAAGAGGAAAAUGGUCAAGGAAAAUAGGAUGUUCAUGAAGAAGGAUGCAAAAAGUAUUCAGUCUCACUCAAACUCAAAAGCUACAGAAAAAGGGGGAAUCCUAUUACACCAUUCGGAUCUAUCUGUUGGUACAAACAAAAUGGCAACUAGACCUCAGCAACAAGCAGUUAUGCCUCAACGACCUGGAUUAGUUGUUGACUUAAGGAAAUCAGCUGCAUCUCAACCUCGUUUGGCUUUUGAUUCCAGAAAUCUGCCUUCACAUUCUCAAGAACUGAAGAGAACAAUGCAGAACAAUAAUAAAAAACAACUUCCUGAGGACCCUGUUAAGUAUAGUGGCAUUAAUGAAAUGCAGUGGCCAUUGGAUGGCAUUAUCUUUCAUGCAGAGAGGAGUGAUCAUAGUCAGCCUAACUUUGAUUGUAUGAAUAACCAUCAACUUCCCACUUAUAAAUAUCCCUAUACAAAGCAGACAAAUGGCUUAUCCGAGAGGUCUAAUCAUAGGCAGCCAUUGAAGAGCAUCAAUCAAUAUCGUCCAACGAAUCUGCCUCCUAGACAUGGACGCUUAAAACAACAGCUGUGCAGGCACUAUGCUCAAGGAAGAUGCUAUUUUGGAGACAACUGCAAAUUUUUGCAUGAAAGGAAAUAAAUUAAAGCUGGGAAGAGUGUUGGCAUUGCUUUUAUAAGAAUUUUCAGAGGUAGUUUGGAUGCUUAUGUGAGUGUGUUGGUUGUCUACAUUUGAUUACUUCCAUUUUAUCAAUAUUUCCAAGAUAUGAUCAAUGCACUAAAGUGCAUUAAGGUGUUUGUAUCUUUUAAGUCAUGAGAAGUUUGAGAGUUGAAGGAUUAUCUCUUAAUUGAAAAUUUAGAUACAAAUCUUAUUUUUA